CGCCUUUUCGAGCCCAGCCCGCCCGCCGAGUCCGUUCUCGCAGCUUCUUACCAAGACAACACACGACUUGACGCUGACCUCGCCGUCCAUAUUUCCUGGCGUUUUCUCUGGUUUUGCGCAUAUUGAACUUUGUUUUACUCUAGACGUGACUGGGACUCGACUUGAUCCCCUCUUUCAACUCGUUCACCGAAUCCCACCCGACACAGCCCACCUACAAGGGCCCCCGCCGUCCACGAUGUUGAAGAUAUGGUCGAUGAAGAAGGAGCAGAAAGAGGCGGAGAACGCUGAGGGCCAGGCCUCGGGCGGCAAGAAGAAGAAGGUGACGGCAGCUCAGCUGCGCGUGCAAAAGGAUUUGUCAGAGCUCUCCCUGGGUUCCACGAUGAAGACAGAAUUCCCUGACCCCGACGACAUCCUCAACUUUGUGCUCACGAUCGACCCCGACGAGGGCAUGUACCGCGGCAGCCGCUUCACAUUCGACUUUACCAUCAACCAAAACUUUCCCCACGAGCCUCCCAAGGUCCGGUGCCGGGAGAAGAUCUACCACCCCAACAUCGACCUCGAGGGUAAGGUGUGCCUGAACAUUCUCCGAGAAGACUGGAAGCCAGUCCUUAACCUGAACGCGGUGAUAGUCGGACUUCAGUUCCUCUUCCUCGAACCCAACGCAUCCGAUCCCCUGAACAAGGAGGCGGCCGAAGACCUACGAAACAACCGCGAGGGAUUCAAACGCAACGUCCGAACCGCGAUGGGCGGUGGUGUAGUCAAGGGCCAGAGCUACGACAGAGUCCUCAAAUAGAUCUAGGCCACAAGAGAAGAUGGGAUACUUUAAGGGGAGAGGUUGGCUUGUCAUGCGUCCUCGCAGACUUGGGGAUGAAAAAAGACGGCUGAAUGAAUGUGUUGAUAUUCUCGGUGAAGCGUCUGACAAGGAACAAGCAAACAAGCAUACAGGCGUAGGUAUGCAUCGCCCGGCGUCUUACGAGUCCAUGAUCUGGAGCAGGCAUUGCUCUUUUCCCCCAGCGGCGUUUCGAGGACAGGGCACCAUGCUCAGAAGGAGGAGGGCAUGUACUGUUAUUUGCCCGUGAGGGUUUGAGAUGAGAUUGAAGAAAUAUACUGGGCGGUUAAACGCCAUCACCA